CUCGUCAUCGUUGUAUCAUCAUUCCCUCGACCUUACGUAUGGUCCAUCACAAAGCAUUGCAACGGCAGAGCUCCCGACUAUUCGGCUACACAUCGUAUAAUUAAACUUCUGGCCUCCUUUGUCUGAUUCACUGUCCCUUGUAUUGCGAUUUCCACCCGUAUACUCAGGCCAUACCUUUUCCGCCAUGACACCGCGACAACCCUCCACAUCGGAACACUCGCACUACGACAACAAUGUGCGCAAGCGCGUAUGUAAAGCCUGCGAUCGCUGUCGCUUGAAGAAGUCCAAGUGUGACGGAGGCAACCCGUGCGGCCGGUGUCGCGCAAACAACACCAUCUGCGUCUUUGGCGAGCGCAAAAAGGCGCAUGACAAGGUGCACCCCAAAGGAUACGUUGAGAUGCUCGAACAACAGCAGGCCUGGCUCGUCUACGGACUGCAGGAACUCUACCACCGCACCAGCGACGGCGAAGACUGGCCCGGCGAACCGCUCAAGUGCGAGGCUAACGGCCACCCGCUCACGCACGACCUACUUACCCGCCUCGGCGCCCUCGACCAGGUCAAGGGCGAGCGCUUCGAGGAAAACCCUGUCGCCAUGCAGCAGGAGCUCUGGCGUCAGAACGCCGGCCACGUGCAGCGCCAGGACUCGUCCGAUGCCAGCUCCGAGAGCGCCCACUCGCCAGUUGUGCCCACCGCAACCGCCGCCCGCUUCGCCGACCCAUUCGCCCAGGCUCAGCUGCCGCACACCCCGCCCAAUAUCAGUCCCAGAGCGCGCCCUGUCAAGUCCGGGUCGCAGAUGCAGUCGGCCUUUGCCGCCGCGCCGCUGGACAUGCAGGGCGUCGUAAACCUCAUGGUGUUGCAGGCGCCGCAGCAGCAACAGCAGCGGUCUUGGGGUGGGAAUGGGUUCGGGAGGUUUGAUGAUAUCGACAUGAUGGGCACGACGGAUUUUACCAGCCUGUCGUUUGACGAUCCGCUGUCGUCGCAGAUGUUCAAUCGACCCGUGCCGAUUAAUUGAAUGUCGUAUAUGGAUCUGAAGUACGACUACAAUUUGUGAAUGCGAAUAUGCCGGUGGUUGCGUCCACCUAGACCUCGCCAAACGCGGGUUUGGGGCGGGGUUCUGUAUGGAGAAACCGCCCAUGGAUUUAUCUGCCGCGGGCUUUCGAUAUUGAAGCCCGCCUGUGGGUUCUCGGCGGGUACCCAUUUUAUUUAUUCAUUCAUCUAUUUAUUAAUUCCUCAGGCUUUGCGCGGCCGAAGGCUGCAUGUAGCCCCCUAGCAAGUAUGUACUGGAUGCAAACUACCAUAG